AUGUUUCUUCAUGGAUGGUCCAUUUGGUGCCUUUUGAUGACUCUACACGUGUCAGCCUGUGAUCUGGAACUUUCUGGAUAUGACAGCCAAGAAGUCAUUUGCUCUCAGGUAUUUUCACUGCUUGGAUACUAUCAGCAGCUGCACACUAGAUACAGCUUAGGUUGACAGACUGUACUUUUAAUUUUCUCUUACAGCCUGCCCUUAUCUUUUAAUUUAACCUAUCACAGAUGAGGUGUUUGAUUCUUAAGUAUUUAAUUUAAAGCAAACAAAGUUUUAUGACUGUUUUUAUCUUGUGGCUGUUUAUAGAUUCACCCCAAUGUGGGCAAAUAUUUACCCUUCAUGUGUGUUAAGUCAUAACACCUUACAUGUUAAAUAUAUAUUUGAUAUUCAUUUCAUCUCAAUUUUUCAUCUUUCAGGGUCUGUCUAAUUGCACCAUUGAGGACGAGUUGCCCCUUGCUUUGACAGCGAAUGACUUGGUGGAUAUCCAAAAUCUCACAUCAUAUUUCAAGCUCUGCUGCGAAGACAGAGGACCAUGUGGGUUGUGUCUGGUGAUAGAAACAGAGGUAAUCAUCAAUGAAGAUCAGGACACGGAGGAUGUAGGACACUCUGGGUUUGAUGAAGAAGACUUCAGAGAGGAGACAAGGAAUCACAAAGGUAUAAACUACACACUGCAUGCAGCUCUCUGUAUAAACUGAAGGACAUUUCAUCAACUUUUUUAAGUAGUGCAAAGGUGAAGCCAAAUGUCUUGAGAGUCAUUGGUUUGAAUUUUUUAGAGCAAGAGAGGAAAUCAGCCAGUGCGGCUAGGAUCUUGAAAUCCCACCAUUUCCACCAACACACACAUUUGAAUUUAUUUUUAUGGCAUUUUCUUGAGAAAAAAUGCAGUUCAAAGUGCCUCACAGAGGCUAAAAACAACAAUUAACAACAAUAAAACCCAACCCUCCCUCCCACCCACAACCACCCACUUAUACACACACACACACAUGUGCACACAGUGUGAGAGUUUAAGAUAUAUUGUUAAAGAGACAUGGCCUGACACCGAGACAUUACGUGAGGAAAGAGCUACCUUUAGGAAACACUGGAGAUAAAGAUAAAAAUGGUAAAAGAAAGAGUAAAACCUGAUGGACUAAAACAAGAAAAUAAUCUUAAAUGAACAGAUAAAUAAGAGAAAUAUAAAAAGGCAAUUAGUGAUAAGCCUGGUUAAAAAGGCGAGUCUUGAGCGUCUUCUUAAAAACAUCAACAGUCUCUGCGGCCCUGACACGUUUGAAUUACAGUUAAAAUGACAAAUGGAAAAGUACAAAGUAAACUCAAACACAUAUUGUAGCAACUCUGUGAUUCAGACUGAAGCAGACACUCCAUAAUGGAAAGUUACUUUAUUCUUGGACAAGAGUUUGUGUGUCUCCUCUAACUGUACAACUAUACUGCACUGUAAGAGAGUAGAUGGAUUUGUUUACAGAGUUGUAAUUUGUGGAUUUGCACUUUGUUUUUAGCAUCAAAUAACUAAAACUAAGAAUCUCAGAAAGUCCAGUAUUUGUAUGAAAAAUCAGCAUGAGAGCAAAAUAUAACAACAGAAACCAGGUUCAAGAUAAACUUCUUAGGAAAGUGAACUGAUCUUGGAGUUUGACCCAUGACUGAGCCUCUACACUUCAGCCAAUCAGAGGGAACUCUUUGGCUUCAGUUCCUGAGAGCCGUCACAUCAUUUCUUUAGUGUAUGCGGGAUCAUUAGGUAAAUACAUGUCCUAUGUAAUGAUUAUUGUCCUUGGUGCAGAUGACUCUGGCCUUGUCCCAGUCCAUGAGAUGAUUUUCCCUUUUUCAGUGGCCUGUUACAGCAGAUUUGUAGUUGUCAUGUUGUGCCAUAGUCACCUGCACCGAGUACAAUAAGCACCAGCGCUGGAUUAGGGAAGCCAUUAGAAUAAGGAGAUGGGGCCCAGGGACGAUGAUCAGGGAUGAGGGGGAAUACAUGCUCUCAAACACCUGGAGCAGCAUCCUGCAGAGGCGAACAGACAGCGGGAGGCAUGACCGUCCUGUCAAAAAAAUUGACAGGAAGGUCACGCCUCUGUAACAACAGCUGAUAUGAUGCGUCACAUGAAAAAGAAUACUUUAAAACAGCUCACUGUGAGAAAGAUUUGAGGCUGUUGCCAUUUUUUCGAGAAUACUAACGAACAAGAGCAAACAUGAGAGUUGUGAAAGGCCGGUUUGGAACUUGGCCUUUCACAACUUGGCCAUUCAUUCCUUGGCUUGUCAAAUCCUGCCAUCAUUGUGUUUGAAUUAAGAGGAGAAAAAGAAAACAAAUUGUAGUUAUAGACAGUGGUCUGAAGGGAAUUUAGCACUGAGAAACAAACAAACCCAUAAUAUUUCAACAGCAGGUGAAGAAGUCCAUAUCUUGAAAUGUUAAAAAUCACUGCUUUAUUCUGGUAGUGCAACGUUCCUCUGCUGUGUGGUUGAACUUUAAUAAACCCUGACUUUUUUUCUCCUGUCUGUGUUGCAACAGCGUCAGUGGCUGUGUGCUACAACACAGCACAAACUAUGCCUAUCUGCAAGAAGGUGGAGUUCAUGGUUAAUCAUGCGGUUCUUGCUCACCAACACAAGACAAAGGUACAGUACCGACUCCAUGUACUUGUAAUACGAGAAGGUAUGGUGUUAUAUUUUAUGCUCAAUUUAUCUAAUCUCUGUUUGACAUUUAGGUUUCCAUGGUGAUAACCGAGCCUAUUGGAGUUUCUUUCAGCAGUCAAGUGUUUACUUAUUCUCCUAAACAGCCCCAUAUAAAAAAAGUUGUCGCUGUCGCACCUUCAUUAGAUAAGGGUAAAGUUUUAACUUUUAUAUCGCAAAAUCGUUGUAUAAUCUAUAACUACCUGCCGUAUCUGUAGCAGUGUUUGAUAAACCUUGCUUUGUUUGCCAUUAGUUUGCUCCCAGAAGCUUCAUGAACGGGUAGAGGACUGUCAAGGUAAAUAAUCAUUUACACAGGACAUGCAUACACCUAAUGAUUUACCUUGUGCUAUUUCUGUAUGAGAAAACAGACCAUUGUUUCUGUCCCUUCUUUCAGUACCCAGACUCCUCACUGUGGUUGACAAAGAGAAGAAACAAGUAGAGCUGAAGUUUGACAGCAGAAACAAGAGCCCACCUUUGGUUUGCAUCCAGUAUGAGCAGAAUGGCAGAUGUCAGGUCAGUGAAGAGACAUUAUUCACAUCCCAUCCCUCUCUCUCUAAAGGAAACACAGCAAUAUAAAAAAUGAAAAAGAGGAGAAAUAAAAAAGGAUUCUAUGUAGGUUUUUGGACAUGAAGCUUUAUAAUUACUAAUAUAAGAUCAUGCACAACAAGAUUCAUCUGCUGAUCUUGUGUCACUGACAAAUGUUGUAAAGGUAACUUUAUAUCAAGUUAAGACCACACAAUCCGUCUGUCUGUUGUGAUGGUAAUUAAAUCUGAUUAGACAACCACAGAACCAGAGAUCUGUGUCAUGACUUGGCGAGAGACACGGCAGACUGCAUGUUAGUACCUGACCAAUUCUCAUGACUCAUUUGAUGACGUAAAGAAGAGGGGCUAUAAGCUAGAGGAGAGACAGAGGACUGCUAGGACUGAUGCAUUAAACUUCAUUUGUUUUGCAUUUUACAUUUCACUUUUUCAGCCAGUUGUGGUCACCCCUCAAUGUCACAUGGUCAUGUCAAAGUUUUCCUCUGUCACAUUGCUCUAGCACACAGCACUAACUCCAUCAGUCCUUUUUCCAUUUUGCAUUUUCCUUGUUCAACGUCACUGCCACGGUUGAACCCAUCAUAGACAGCAGGGUGAAAAUCAAACAUGUAAGACUACCCACCAAGAGAUUGGCAGAUGUUAAGAGGCAAGAGGCAUCAUGUCCUCCAUUUGCACCCUUAUUCGGGAUGUAUACAUGUUUAAAAAAAAAAGAUUUACUGUUUAAGUCCUCGAACCGUACUUUUAAAAAACAUGUCCAAUUGAUAUCACAUGAACUUCUCAAAGUCGUACUAAUAUACAUGAAUAAUAUGGUUCUUCUUUGUUAGUACGCAGGGCUUUGAGCCAAAAGUUGAAUAGCAUGGAUGCGUUCGAUGUACAUCCUGUUAGGCCCUUGCUGACGCCUUCUGACAAUUGUUUUGUUACAUAAUAAGUCAACCUGGAGAUGAUCUGAUAGUAACAUGUUGAAAGGGCGCACCUACUAUAGCGGAGGCAGACACGCUUCUGUCAAUAAUUUGAUUUUUGCCCAGUGCAUGAAUACCAUAAUCUCCACUUUAGCUGAGCUAGUCCUGUACCUGUACAUGUGGCCGAGCUUUGUGUGACACUGCUUGGCAGAGCGCUGAAUGUCCUACCACGACUCUGUUUGUGAAUCGUGUCCAGUGUUUGACAAAUAUGCUCAUCUGCCCAAAUGUUGAUGAGGCAUAGACAUCCUUGCUGCUCCAGGUCAACUCAGGAUGACUUUCAGCUAUUCAAUAUCAGAUCAGUAAAUGUGGUGUUUGUCGACCUAUGCAGCAGGACUGGGAGGCCAUUGUAAUGACCUGACAGUCUUGUAAAGGUGUGUGCAGUCUUAGAAUAAUCCAGCGUCAUUACGAAACGACCCAAAAGAAAAAUACUGCAAAGAACAUUUUCAUCUUGUGUUUUGGACUUCUGUGAAUGGACCCAGUUAUUUUCAUUGACCGCUUUCUGCCUCUUGUUUCUCAUAUUAAUUUGUAGAAAUGGAACAGGCAGCCCAUCCCGCUGGGCUCAGUGACCCCCUGCAUGUGUUUCCAGGUACUGAAGCGUCAUGAUACUUUAACAUAAAAGCAGUGAUAUGCCUCAAUAAAGGACUAACUGUAUGUUAAUUUUUCAGGUGUGGGAUGAGGAAAACCAAGGUUCUCGUCGUUCUCUGAGUUGCCCUUUCAGUAACAGAAGUAAAAACUCUGGAGGUCUGUUUGUUGACUUUGAUUGAUUUCCCUUCAGAUCUCAGUUGCUUUAUUCUUAGUAUGCCAAUUCUCUUGUUUAUCCAUUUCAGAUGUACUCCACGGGAAUGUUUGGGACAAUGUUUCAGUGACUGUAGGUCAGGGUCAGAUGAACAACCACCGCUCAAUGCUGUCAUGGAACGUGUCUGCCCCCUGCAGGCUGGAGGGUGAGGUGUGGCCCUGUCAGAAAGAGAUCAGCUGCAGGGAGGUGAAGGGCUUCAGACAAAAGCUGGCAAAUGGAUCAUGGAAACAAAACAGCAAAGGGUUGUGGGUAAGAAUAACUGUUGUAUCGAUAUUUUAAAACCUUUAAAAUUCAGCUUUCAUUUCACAUAAUUGCUUUAAAUAAGUAAAAAUCUUUAUUUUCCACAAUGCCUGGUGCUUUAAGUUCAGUGUGUAUAAUUUAAUACUCAUUUCUCUUGAUCUAAACCAACAAAUCCGGUGUCAUUGGUAACUUUUUGAUCUCUAAAUAAAUAAUUUGUCUCUGCCGUAAUGAUUUGUUGAGUUUUUGGAUGCACAGACUGGCCUGUUCAUGAAGUGUAUCAAAUUAACAAAGGUUCAUAAUUUUUCUCUUUAUAGGAGAAAAUGGGAGUUUUUGAAGAAAUCAGUCUUCAGCGCUCACCAUGUGUGAUGGUAAUAUUUUUACAUUUUUACUCUUAUAACAUGAAAACACUUUAAAUGGAGAAAAAUAACUUGUGUUUCUUUAUUUGAACAGGUGAGGCUAAAGGGGAUGGGACAUAACUUGGGGCCAAUUUGUUUUGAAAACAGUAAGUUGACAUAAAUUGACAAUUGUUGAUGUGUCUCCAAGUGAUCCUGGUUGAUAUAUUUUGGAAAAUGCUUCCCCAAGGAAACUUUUGUUCAAAUGUGGUUCUGUUUUGUUCUGCUUGCAGCUGACAGGUGGCGCUGGAGCCUCCUGGUUGUUGGUGUUAUGCUGCUGAUCUGCUUGACUAUGAUCACAGUCUAUGUCCUCCAAGGCUUUGUAAAGAGUAGGUUUUUCUUCCAUUAUUCCUUUUGCUAAGCAUGUUCAGUGUGAGAAUAGCAAGAGGGGGGAAGAGAAAGUGUCUUUUUUGGCCACUCUGGAAUUUGCAUGCCAUGAAAAAAACAUACUUUGUCUCAUCUGACUCACAUGCCUUCAGGCACUUUCCACAAAGACCCUUUUUAUUCACGUCGAACACCAAAUCUUGUUUACCAGAUUUCUUAUUGUUUGAACCCCUCAUGCAUGAAUUUAACACUAGUUUUAAAAGAACAGACAUAUUUUCAACACUGAAAAGACAAAUGCCUGUGUAUUUCUGCUAAUCCCUCUGAUAUAUUAACAUUUUUUAAACUGACUUACAGGAUGUGUGUGGAGCUGGCAUCAUGGUGGAUUUGUCAAAGGUGGGUGACUUAUACUUGAAAUGAAAAAUUCUGCUAAAAGAGGCUGGCUGUGACUUAAAUCCCCUUUUUUGUUCUCUCUACAGUUGGCAGACCGUGUCAUGUGGUCGUGUUGAGCCCCCCAGACACAGAUGCUGGUGUGUCGGAGUCAGUGUGUCAGCUCGGGUCCCUGCUUUCUAACCGCGGCUUCAGUGUGUCGGUGGACCAGUGGAGCAGGAAGGAGCAGUGCACUCUGGGACCUCUGCCGUGGCUGCACUCUCAGCUACUGGAACUGAAGGGGCAUGGAGGCCGAGUUGUGCUCGUCUUGACUGGCAAAGCUUUGGAGAAAGCAGAGGAAUGGACCCAGUGGCACAAAGAGGAUAUUAGGAUAAAGAGGGAUGAUAAAAGUGGCCCGCAGAUGUGGUCCCCUUACUCGGAUGUGUUUACAGCUUCUCUCUGCCUCAUCCAAGCCGAAAAAGAGCAGGGCAGAGCAGGCAAGCAUUUUCUCCUGGUGACAUUUGACUCCAAUACAGGUGGCAACCGGAGUCUGCCAGAACUUUUCCAGGGUCUACCCCUGUUCCACCUUCCCUCAAAGACUCAGGCCCUCUUGUCUGAGCUAACUGUGGGGGGCACAAAGAGGGGAUCAUGGAGACUAGCAUAGAUAUGGUGAGAAUGCAAAGACUUGAGAUAAUGUAAAUUGAAGAAUAAUGAGUGACUGCACCAGCAGGAGGAAUCUCAUGAAUAUGCUGGAGUUAAGAAAAACUCUGGGGAUGGACCUAAGUGCCCGAAAAAUGUUAUGCUGGACAUAUUCUGCAAAUGAAGGACACUUGCAUAAACAUAAACAUAAUACAACAGCAUUAAGAUCACUUUACAUGAACCUCUAUUAUUGUUGAAAUGCACAGCCACAACAACAACUGUUAAGCUAUUAUUAUAACUAUUAAUAUUACUGUUAUUGUAAAAUUAAGCUCAAAAGUUAACCGUUAUUGAAAAAAGUAAAAUGUUAAAUGAAAAAAAAACUGGGAUUAAUAAACGGUAAAAACUCAGGACAUAA